AUGUCAUCAUUGUUGAAAGAGGAGAUGCAGCGGGUUUUGUUCAGACCAAAAAAACAGAAACUGGUGGAGUUUAUAGAGAUUGAGGAGAAAAGAAGUGGACGGCAUUUCCUUUGUGUGUCUGUAUCUAAGAGCAAAGAAGUCCAGAUCUCAGUGGUGCAGUGUGAGAAAGCUCGCCCUUCUAAAAGUAAGAAGUCAAGGCGUAUUGGACUGGAAGAUCAAUAUGUGAGGACAGAGGUGUGGGCUCUUGAAGAACUGAGGAUUCUGGAUGGGAGAGACCCUGACAUAGACGAUCCCUGUUUCCUGAUGCACUUCGACACGGUGCGUCCUGUGAAAGCAGUGAACUGUGCUGCGAAGUACUGCCUGGCCCGCUGUCUGGUUGCACUUAGUGACUCACACCAGCACAGUGAGCUAAAUCUACGCAACUUUGACUGGACAUACAUCAAGCCGACAUCCAUAUACUCCAACAGAGGUGACUGCAUGGUCCUAAUGCGGAUCUGCUUCUAUGCCUUUAACCUGGUGUGUCUCUCCUUGUGUCCUGUGCCUUAGGAAAGGUUUGAGACAUUGCACUUCCUGCUCCUGACUCCUCACAUGAAACACGUGAAAGAAACUUUGGUAGAUCGUUCACAAGACUCCUACUUGCAAAAUUGUGACCUAUAUAAAAUAACAGACUUUCCUGAACUAAUCUUGAACUAUUUUGCACAUCUUUCAAUAAAGUAAAGUUCUCACAUUGUUAAAAAAAAUUGGUUAGCCCCAAAAAGUGAUUGCGAUUUAUUUGAUUUGCUUGAACAUGUA